AUGGAAGUCUACACUGUAACAGUAGCAACUGGUACAUCAGAGUAUUCAGGCACAAACAACUACAUCUUUGUGACCCUGGUGGGGGAGAAAGGGGAGAGUGAACGGACCCUGCUGGACAACCCUGGACUGGACUUCUGUCGAGGAGCAGUGGAUCAGUACAAGGUGACCAGCCCUUCACCUUUAGGCUCCCUGCUACUGGUCAGACUGGAGAAACAGAGGUACUGGGUGGAAGAUAACUGGUUCUGUCGCUACGUCACAGUGGAGCCUCCAGGUGGAGAAAAAGUCCUGACUUUCCCUUGUUACCGUUGGUUUAUAGGAGACUUCAAGUUGGAGAUAAGAGAGGGAACAGCAAAGACACUGAGGGACGACUCCUUACCUCAGCUGCUGGCACACAGGAAGACAGAGCUGCAGGAGAGACGGAUGACUUACAGAUGGGUGACCUGGGCUUCAGGCAUUCCCAGAUGUAUUGACGCUAAAACAGAGGCAGAUUUACCUCAAGACGCCCGCUUUGACAAUGAGAAGAGGAGCGACUUUGAAUAUUCCUUAAAAUAUGCCUUGCUGGAGUUGUCUCUGAAGAAGAUGGCCAUCAGGUUUGGGAAGUCCUGGAAUGACCUGGACGAUUUCAAACGGAUCUUCUGGAAGCUGCGAAGCCCCAUUGCUGAGUACUGUAUGGAGCAUUGGAAGGAGGACUGGUUCUUUGGCUACCAGUGUAUAAAUGGCUCUAACCCAAGGAUGAUCCAGAGGUGCAAGAAGCUGCCAGACAACUUCCCCGUCACACCAGACAUGGUGCAGAGCUCCAUUGCUCCCAGGACCAACCUGGACAAAGAACUCAAGGCAGGGAAUAUCUUCUUGUUAGACUACGCCAUCAUGGAUGGGAUUCCCACCAACACAAUCAGGGGUAAACCUCAGUAUGUCGCUGCUCCGCUCUGUCUCCUGUACCAACACCCAGAUGAUGGACUCAUACCUAUUGCUAUACAGCUAGAGCAGACUCCAGGCCCGGACACACCCAUAUUCCUGCCCAAAGACCCGCCCCUGGCCUGGCUACUGGCUAAGAUGUGGGUGCGUACCUCUGAGUUCCAGGUGUUCCAGCUGCUGUCUCACCUGCUCAGGACUCACCUGGUGAUAGAGGUGUUUUGUGUGGCUACUCUGAGACAGCUGCCUGCUGUGCAUCCUAUAUAUAAGCUCCUGGCCCCUCAUCUGCGCUACACUCUAGAGAUCAACUGUAGGGGGCGCACUCAGCUCAUCUCUGCUGAUGGCAUCUUCAAGAGGGUUGUGUCUACAGGUGGCGAUGGUUUGUUGAUUCUGGCUCAGAGAGAGUACAAGGUGCUGACCUACCGCUCUCUGCACCCCUGCUACGACUUCACCGACAGAGGAGUUUCCCAGCUUCCAAACUAUUUCUACAGAGAACACAGUCUGAUGCUGUGGGAGGCCAUACACAGUUUUGUCUCAGGUAUGGUAAGCCUGUACUACCAGUCAGACCAUGAUGUGCACCAGGACCUAGAGCUCCAAGCCUGGAUCAGAGACAUAACACAGGAAGGCUUCACAGAGCUCCCAAACUUUGGUCUGCACAGUAAGCUCACCACCAGAGAGGAACUGUCCACCCUGCUGUCAGUGGCCAUCUUCACCAGCACAGCUCAGCAUGCUGCUACUAAUAACGGCCAGUUUGACUGGUGUGCCUGGGUCCCCAACACCCCCUGCACCAUGAGACACCCCCCACCAACAAACAAGGAUGAAGUUACCAUGGAGAUGGUCAUGGCCACUCUUCCUGAUGUCAGCCAGUCCUGUGUGCAGAUGGCUAUCACAUGGCAUCUGGGGAGACCACAACCAGAUGCAAUUCCUUUGGGUCAGUACACAGAGGAGUACUUCACAGAGGAGCUGGCCCAGGAGUUGAUUGAGAGGUUCAGAACAGAGCUGAAAGAGAUUGAGAGCUACAUCCUGACUCAGAAUGAAGGACUGGAGCUCAAGUACCUUUACCUCCUGCCCAGCCGCAUAGAAAACAGCAUCACUAUAUAGAAAGACUAACAGAAUAGUACAUGCAGGAUUCACUCUGUAUGGUGCAUACCUGACACCUCUGAGAUUUGCCUUCCCUUUUACGUUAAAUACUACUGUUAACCAUGUAAUCCAUGUUAUCCUGUUGAUUCAAUGCAAAGAACACAAGAAAGGCCAAGUGAGGGAAAAUAUUUUAUUUGUAUUAAAUGCUCUGCAAGCCAUUGAUUAGACAAUUCAUGAUUUGUAUGACAUGAUUUUAUUGACCAGGCAAAGUGUCUGUGUUGAUUGAAGGGGUGUAAAUGGAAUAUCCACAAAGCUGUUUGGUAGCGUCACAGCCACAUCCACAGCAUGGCCAGUGUCCAAUGAAUAAGGGUGGACAUUCAGAUUCAGAUUCACUCUUUAUUGUCCUCAGUGGAGGAAAUUUGUUUUCAGUCUGUACAAAGAGCACCUUCAACAUGAAUUCUACACACAAACUACAUAUAUAUAAUAUGUUGGAUUUAUGUUGGGUAAAGUGUGUGUGCAUUGCAACCAAUUUGUUUUUUUAAUGGUUUCAAUGUCAGCCAAGCAUUAGCUGCCUGCCACAUCAUAACUGAAGCUUGAAAUAUACUUUUGAGUGAAAUGCUGUGGAAAUAGAAGUGCUUCAGUAUCUGAAAGCGUGACAGGCGGUCAACUGGAAGGGGUCAAAGGUCGUCAACCAGGAGUCAGUGGACAGCAGAAGAAAGAUCAAAGAGGACAUUAAUACCUGAAGGCAGAACCCAUCUUUAAAAAGAGACCACCUGUUACUAUGUGACUGAAGGUCCAUUAAAACUGAGCACCCUCCAUCCACUGAUGGUGACUGAGAUGUGGCUAAAAGCUAGUACAUUCGUUGAGUGAAGGUCAUUCUGUCAAACUAUACUUGGAUUGGUUCUUUCUGUCAGUGUACUCUUUGUAUUAUAUUAUAUAGCAUUUUUUUUCAUGUAUUUAACACUUUCUUGAGAAACUUAAAUUCUAAUUACAGCAACAGACCUUGAUGUUGUGUUAAAAAGCUCAAAGUCUUAGUCAUGAUCCACUAAACUGCACAUUUGCAGGAUUGAAAUUAAGAUAAACAUAAUACCGCUUAAACUUGUGUUAUAAUAAACAAUAUAAUCAAGCCAA